ACACCUUCAACAGGCAUCAGGCUUAUACAUCCAGCCGAGACGGUGAAGAUAAUGUCUGAAAAACAAGGUGUGCCGCCAAGGUUUGGUCCCUCAAAAAGAAUCUUGGAGUUGGCACAGCAUAAAACCUCAAAAACAAUCUGGGCCACGACUCCUUGUGAGAAGCUGAGCUGGGGCAACCAGGAGCCGAUAUGGCCCAUCUCCACCUCUGCGCUCAAAGUUACUCCGAGUUCAAGAAUCCAAUUCCUGGCCCAGCACAAAAGAGACUUCUCAGCAAGGGAGGACCCCCGGAGGAAACAGGAGAAGGAUGAGGAGGAGGAGGCGUGCUUCUUUAGGAAGACCAAGCAUCCUUCCUUCAAGACGUCUCAGUACGAAAACACUCAGCGAUUGUCAGCGCCCAAAAUGAGGAGCCGUGGUUCUCAGGAACCGGGGCCUCUUCACACACCUCAGUGUGAGAAUAACUGUCCUAUUUGGCACGUUGAUCCCAGAGUGAGAAAUUUCAUUAUCACUGCGCGAUUGCUGCAGCUUUCACAACCCAAACAGACCCAUCCUGACUACCACAGCAACAGGGAGAGUGCUGCUUCCAUCGUUUGCUUUGCGUCCAGAGAAGCUCGGAUAUCUCAGAGACUCGUCCAGCUGUCGCUGCCCAAACUGAAGCAGAGCAACAUCUGCUGCCAGCUGGGACACCUUGAAGAAACAAUCUGGACUGUUUCAAGAGCAGCAAAAAAAGCCUCAGCAAGUGUUCGUGUGGAGAAGCUGGCAGCACCAAAGCAGCUUCACAAGGACUAUAUUCCUCCACAAGAGCCAGUGUGGAGCUGGAAAAAUUCAAAGACCAACUGAGCUUCUAUGGAAAAAUUAUCUAGGUUUCUAACUUGUUCCCUGCGUUUCACAGCAGGCCACACUAAAUUUGAACCUUUCAAAAAAUUCAUGUGUUCAGCUUUUACUCUUUAUUUUUGAAAUACACAUAGGGCUGUGAAAAAGUGUCUGCCCCCUUACACAUUUCUUUAGUUUUCCUUUUUUGUUACAUUUAAAUGUUUCAGAUCAUCAAACUAUUUUUAAUAUCAGAUAAAGAUGACCUGAGUAAACACAAAAAUGUGAAAAAGUAAUUGCCCCCCUUUUAAAUAAUGAA